CUCGUCAGCUCUUGGGUCAAAGAAGAAAAUCAGAGUUUGCACGAGCGGACGACUGCUCUACUACCCACCCCCUCCACGAACUUCAAGCCGACGAGGGUUUCUCCCCCACCGUUUCAUUUCUCUAUUAACUCCGGCGUAUAUCGCCGCUGCUGUACUAUCCCUUCACGGAGGAGAAGCCGACGGGGUUUUCUCACCCACCGAAUCCAUUCUCGAUUAACUAAGGAGUGAAUUUCUGAAUUUCUUUGCAGAAAACAAUGGAUACCAAGGCCAUUGUGGAUCAAUUAGGGGUCGUUGAAAACAUUUCUUGCAACAAGUUGGACAAGAAUUCUUCUGCUGACAUCAUUCCUCCCUCCUCUCCAUCAUCAAUGCUUGAUAAUAAUGGUGGGUUUGCUCCAAGUCCCAUAACCCCAGAUUCUAAUAAAGAAAGUGCAGACUUGAUGUCUGCUUUUACAUCUCCAUUAACAAUAGUAUCCUCACCUCCCGCCACAUACCACAGUGGUGCUGAUAGUGAUAUGAAUGAAGAAGAUGACAGCCCCUGUACCCCAAAAGACGGUGUAUUUGACCCAUUUGCCCCUGGUCCCGACAAGCUCAUGAAUGCUCCUCUUUCCAUGAAACAUGUCGAAGAAUCACAGAGUUAUGUUGCAAGGAGGCUUAAUUUUAAUUUGACAAAAAAAGAAUGUGAAAAUGAAAAACGUGAAUCUGUUUCUGAAAAUUCUUUUGAGGAUAAACAGUUGUUGGAAGCUGUUUAUGAUUCCCUAUUGGAAGCCAUUAUUUCAAAGCAGUCGGAGGAUAUUCUUGCUGAGAUGACAGCUGCAGUUUACUCAAGUUGUGAUGGACUGGAAACACCUCCUUCUGCUCCACGUGUCACUGGUAUUGCUGACACGUGUCCUGGUGCUCCUAUGAAGGCUGGGAAGAAAUCAAGAAACAUUGACCUCAGUUUGUGCAGAAGGCUUGAUUUUGACUUUUAAUAAGUGUGAACAUAAUAUGAAUGGUGGAUUGGUGUCUCAUAUGAUAACGAAAGGCUAACCUUGUUUUGCUUCUAGAAUUAGUUUACAAUUUAUGGGUAGAGGGCUGAAGCCUUUUUUAUUAAACAACUAAUUCUGAUAAUAUUAUUUGUACUGUUUAGUAUUAUUCAUUUGUCUUGGAAGAUUGCUACUGAA